AAGUCAAUGAGGCAUUAGAAAAAAACUUAAUUAGCAAUUCUCAUUGAAAAAACUAAAAAUCAUGGCUUCUAAUCCCACUCAUUCAUGGAGACUUCGCUUCUUGUUGGUAGCAUUUGUGUCAGCAUUGAUCGGAACAUCCAUGGCUGUAAGUUAUGGUAGUACUCCCAAAGUUUAUGGUAGUACUCCAAAGGUUUAUGGUAGUACUCCUAAAACUUAUGGUACUCCUAAAGCAUCAGUCUUCCAGCCAAGCCAAUGGAGCCUUGCUCAUGCUACAUUUUAUGGCGACGAGACCGCUUCCGCAACUAUGGGAGGCGCAUGUGGAUAUGGAAAUUUAAUUCAAAACGGGUAUGGAACCGAUACGGCAGCAUUGAGUACCGUAUUAUUCAACGAUGGAUACGCAUGUGGAGAAUGUUUCCAAAUAAAAUGUGUGCAAUCGCCUUGGUGCUAUACAGGGGUCGUUGCUACAGUGACGGCUACAAACAUUUGCCCACCAAAUUGGAGCCAAGACUCCAACAAUGGUGGAUGGUGCAACCCUCCUAGGGUUCAUUUCGACAUGUCGAAACCGGCUUUCAUGAAACUUGCGCAAUGGAAAGCCGGCAUUGUCCCCGUCAUGUAUCGCAGGGUAUCAUGUGGGAAAAGUGAUGGGGUGAGAUUUUCAUUCCAAGGAAAUGGAUACUGGCUGUUGGUGUACGUAAUGAAUGUGGGAGGAGGCGGUGACAUAGCUAGCAUGUCGGUUAAAGGGAGCAAAACAGGAUGGCUAAGCAUGAGCCAUAAUUGGGGUGCUUCUUACCAAGCUUUUGCUACUUUAGGAGGCCAAUCUUUAUCCUUCAAGCUCACUUCUUACACCUCUAAGGAGACUAUUAUAGCUACGGAUGUUGCUCCAGCUGAUUGGAAGGUUGGAAUGACUUAUAAAGCAAAUGUCAACUUCCAUUGAUCCUUUCACCAAACUAGAAAGAAAAAAAGUUUUUAUACAAAAAAUACGAUUCAAGAAAGUUAUGUUAAAUUUAUAUGUUAUCGGAGCAUUUGUACGUGGUAGUGGAUCCGGAAGACGAAACUAUAUAAUUAAAUGCAUACUUGAAAAUUUAAAUUCUAUAAAAUGAGAGACUGCAUACAAUAUAUUCUAUGUAGGUGCGCUCAUAUAUGUACCGGACAUGUACAUCCAAAAUUUAGUAAGUUGGUGUAAUGUAUCUGGUGUAGGAGGUUUAUUUUAAUGUAUCUAUUUCAUCAUUGGAAAGUCCUAUGUUGGCCUUUAUUGUUUGCCAUUGGACAAUUUUCUUUGUUCUAAAUACUCUGUCUCUUGUCUUUGUUUUUGUUUUUCUGAUUAUGAAAUUUUCACCUACUUUAAUGAGAGCUAGUAGAAGAUUUCAAGAUAAUUUAUAAUUUGAUGCUGAUUUUUGCUUC